ACUUUCUUUUGUAAAUGUGGUUUCUAGAAAGAUGAAACAGUUAAAACUUACAGGUUUUAUUUUUUUCUUGUUUUUUUUGACUGAAUCCCUAACCCUGCCCAUACAACCUCAGGAUGUAGAUAACUUCAAAAGUACUCAAAAAUUUAUAGAAGAGAAUGUUGAAUACAUCACCAUCAUUGCAUUUGCUCAGUAUGUUCAGGAAGCAACCUUUGAAGAAAUGGAAAAUCUGGUGAAAGACAUGGUAGAAUACAAAGACAGAUGUAUGGCUGACAAGACGCUCCCAGAGUGUUCAAAAUUACCUAAUAAUAUUUUACAGGAAAAAAUAUGUGCUAUGGAGGGGCUACCACAAAAGCAUAAUUUUUCACACUGCUGCAGUAAGGUUGAUGCUGAAAGAAGACUCUGUUUCUUCUAUAACAAGAAAGCUGAUGUGGGAUUUCUGCCUCCUUUCCCUACCCUGGAUCCUGAAGAGAAAUGCCUGGCUUAUGAAAGUAACAGAGAAUCCCUUUUAAAUCACUUUUUAUAUGAAGUUGCCAGAAGGAACCCGUUUGUCUUCGCCCCUACACUUCUAACUGUUGUUGCUCACUUUGAGGAGGUGGCCAAAUCAUGUUGUGAAGAACAAAACAAAGUCAACUGCUUUCAAACAAGGGCAAUACCUGUCACACAAUAUUUAAAAGCAUUUUCUUCUUAUCAAAAGCAUGUCUGUGGGGCACUUUUGAAAUUUGGAACCAAAGUCGUACACUUUAUAUAUAUUGCGGUACUCAGUCAAAAAUUCCCCAAGAUUGAAUUUAAGGAGCUUAUUUCUCUUGUAGAAGACGUUUCUUCCAACUAUGAUGGAUGCUGUGAAGGGGAUGUUGUGCAGUGCAUCCGUGACACGAGCAAGGUUAUGAACCAUAUUUGUUCAAAACAAGAUUCUAUCUCCAGCAAAAUCAAAGAGUGCUGUGAAAAGAAAAUACCAGAGCGUGGCCAGUGCAUAAUUAACUCAAAUAAAGAUGAUAGACCAAAGGAUUUAUCUCUAAGAGAAGCAAAAUUUACUGACAGUGAAAAUGUGUGUCAAGAACGAGAUGCUGACCCAGACACCUUCUUUGCGAAGUUUACUUUUGAAUACUCAAGGAGACAUCCAGACCUGUCUAUACCAGAGCUUUUAAGAAUUGUUCAAAUAUACAAAGAUCUCCUGAGAAAUUGCUGCAACACAGAAAACCCUCCAGGUUGUUACCGUCACGCGGAAGACAAAUUCAAUGAGACAACUGAGAAAAGCCUCAAGAUGGUACAACAAGAAUGUAAACAUAUCCAGAAUUUGGGGAAGGAUGGUUUGAAAUACCAUUACCUUAUCAGGCUCACGAAGAUAGCUCCCCAACUCUCCGCUGAAGAACUAGUCUCUCUUGGCGAGAAAAUGGUGACAGCUUUCACUACUUGCUGCACACUAAGUGAAGAGUUUGCCUGUGUUGAUAAUUUGGCAGAUUUAGUUUUUGGAGAGUUAUGUGGAGUAAAUGAAAAUCGAACUAUCAACCCUGCUGUGGACCACUGUUGUAAGACAAACUUUGCCUUCAGAAGGCCCUGCUUUGAGAGUUUGAAAGCUGAUAAAACAUAUGUGCUUCCACCUCUGUCUCAAGAUGUAUUUACCUUUCACGCAGACAUGUGUCAAUCUCAGAAUGAGGAGCUUCAGAGGAAGACAGACAGAUUUCUUGUCAACUUAGUGAAGCUGAAGCAUGAACUCACAGAUGAGAAGCUCCAGUCUUUGUUUACAAAUUUCAGAAAUGCAGUGGAUAAGUGCUGCAAAGCAGAGAGUCCUGAAGACUGCUUUAAUGAAGAGAGUCCAAAAAUUGGCAACUGAAGCCAGCUGCUGGAGAUAUGUAAAGAAAAAAGCACCAAAGGUAAGGCUUCCUAUCUGUGUGGUGAUGAAUCGCAUUUCCUGAGAACAAAAUAGAAGGAUUUUUCUGUAACUGUCACCUGAAAUAAUAUAUUACAGCAAGCAAUAAACACGACAUCUUGUAAAGUUA